CCGGCGCCGCCUAAUGGUUGCUUAGCAGCGAAGAGGGGGCGGAGUCUUCGCGGUGUUUGGUCUUCCGCGUUUCAACGCGCCCUGUGGCGUGUCGCUCGCCGCUUAGUGGUUGAUGCUAACGUCGCUCAGAGCUCACCAGCCAAUCGUCGCAGCCGUAUUGUACACCCGUCCAAUGGUUGCCCAGCAGCGGGGAGGGGGCGGGGCUCCGCCACUCCCGGCGCGGAAGCGGCGACCAUGGCGGCGGCGGAGGGAUCCGCGCUCACCGGAGUGGCCUGGAGCGCCGCGCCCGACGCCGCUCCCGCCGGCUGGACCGUGAUCACCGGUACCGUGGAGGGAACGCCGGCCAACCUGGGCAAGGGCUUCGGGAACAAGGGCGGCGGGUUCCUGUGCGUGAGCACCGGCGGAGCGCAGGCCUCCCCCGGCUCGGUGGUGACCGACGUGCAGGUGCUGAGUGACCGGACCCCCCACCCCCCCGGUUACACCCGCGUCCCCGAGUUCCCGGAGUCCCGAGCCGCCGCCUCCCGGAAAAAACGGGUGUACGUGAAGCUGCUGCCGGCGGGCGCGGCCGAGACGGCUGUGACCGAGCUGAAGGUGACCGGGAAGAGCAGGACCCUGCCCGGGUACCUCAGAAUAGGGGAAAUGGGCGGUUUUGCCAUUUGGUGCAAGAAGGGGCCGUUUUCGCGGCCCGGGGCGCCCCCCGCCCCCCCCCCCACGGGCCCCCGGCCCCCCCCAGCGCCCCCCCCCGCGCCAGCUCCCCCUGCACCCCCCCAACAGGUCUCCAACGAGCAUCAAACGCGAAUCUCCCUACGACGCCUCCGGCAUCUACGGCCUCUCGGCGAUGGACGGCGUCCCCUUCGCCCUGCACCCCAAAUUCGAAGCCAAGCUCAACUCCGGCACCAACGCUCUCGUCGCCGAUCUAAGCGUCAAAUCGCUCGCCGACAUCGACAGAGAGUACAAUUACACGUUCGUGGUGGAAAGGACGGCGGCCGCUCGGCUCCCGCCCGGCGUCUCUUAGCGCCGACGCCGAGGGGUUAAACCGCAGCUUAACGCUCAUCGGGCUCCUAAGGAUGGAUAUUUGAUUACAGGAAUCACCGAGGAAUCAAAUAAAUGUGUUGAUUUUCUCACCUUGA